AUGGCUCUGCUCUCUGUUGUCCAGGUACCCUCGUCGUCUCCAUCAUCGUCGCCAGCAUCUCCUCCAUCACCGCCAUCUACAUCGCCAACAAUCUACGACACAACCGGCCAAAACGACCAGAAUAAAGACCAGUUCGACCACCGCUGCCAGAGUGACCCAGCCGACAACCAACACGACCAGGAAGCCCGCGAACUGCAGAGAGACUUCGAUAACUCUCUCGACCAGAGAGACGCCUCCACGACGGCUCUGGAAGAGAAGGAGGAGGAGGAGGAGGAGGAGAAGAAGGAAGAGAAGGUGCACACACACAAGGAAGAUGAACCAAGGAAGCCUCACCUAGCGGCCAACAGCGCCUCUUUCACGACUCACCUCGGAGAAACGGCCACCUUAGACUGCGUCAUAUCUGACCUAGCUGACGAACCUGUGUCGUGGCUCCUGCAGGUGGAGGAGGAGGAGGAGGUGCUGAAGCUGCUCACCUGGAGCACCUACACCUACUCCAGUGAUCUCAGGUCCUCGCUAGUACGGGAGAGCGGCGGCAGGUGGCGUCGCUGGCGGCUGGUGAUCCGUGACGCCCGGCGGGGGGACCAUGGCCAGUACUGGUGCCAGGUGGCCUCCCUGCCCCCUCUCCUCCUCUCAGCUACCCUCGUCGUCAUUGAGCCGAGAGCGCGGGUGGUGGACGAGCGAGGGCAGGAUGUGGAGGAGAAGCACUACAACAGCGGCAGUAUGAUAGAGCUCAAGUGUGUCAUCGACCAGGUGCCCUUCCCCUUCCGCACCGUCACCUGGCGCAGGGGAGCCACCGUCCUGGCCUUCAACACCUCCAGGGGCGGCAUCAGUGUGAGGGGUGAGGCAGCCUGGGGCUUCGUCAGGAGUCGGCUUUACGUGGCCGAUGCCGUCCCCUCGGACUCCGGCGUGUACUCCUGCUGGUACAGUAACUACACCAGUGACUCUGUGGCCAUCCACGUUCUGGCAGGCGAGAACUCUGCCGCGAUACACCACGGGGCCUCGACGCCAGACACGGCCAGCAACACCGCCUCCAAGACCGUCUCCGGCCACCUGACCGCCUCCCUCGCCACCUGCAUCACCUGCACCUAUAUUUGGCUCUCGGCCUUCAGUGCUACUUGGAGUCUCACCUGACCCCUUAAACCACCCCCGUACUUGCCCAUACACACCCAAGCCCACCUAUCUAUUCACCACCUACAUCUAUUAAUCUAGUAGUUUAACUCUACACCUAGAAUUGAUCUAGACGCGUGUCUAUCCCCCGUUCAGAAAGGCAUUCACAUUACAGGGUGUCUCUGUAGAUAUAUUCAUGUCUACUUCUUUCAUUCAUUUGUAAUGUUUAUUUUGUUUGUGUGUGUGUACUCAUCUAGUUGUACUUAGGCGCGAUAAAGGGGGAUUCGAACCUGCAUUUUUGAGCUUGUUGUAGUUAAGGGGUUUAAAUAAGUAUGUGCUUGGGUGUCUCCAGUAGCUCCUUCUGAUUUUCUCAAUAAUAGUAAUGAUAAUGAAGACAGGGUAUCUGACAAUAAUUAUAACAACUUAGAAUUACUU